AUGGAUCGCAGGAGAAGAAGAGCCGAUGAUGAUGAUAACAGUGAUGACGAACAAGCAGUACCACCUUCGUCACCACAGGCACCGUUAACAGGGAGAUCUUCGCCCUUGGGGUCUCCAGAAGAGAUUGAUUUCGAAAAUCCAGAUGGAGAACAAGUGAACCAAAACCAAGACCUGGACGAGAUUGAGGAGCAAUUGGAUGAGGAAGAUUUGAUGGGAGACGAUAUGUACCGGGAUUAUGACUCUGACGCCAGACGGGACAUUUAUGAAGAAGCUGGAGUAGAUGAUCGCGAUCAAAGCGAAUUGGAUAUUUCCGCUAGACGAAGAAUUGAUGCUCAAUUGAACGAAAGAGACCGGCUUCUGCGAAAUGAAGCUUACAUGGACGAUGAUGAAGACAUGGAAAAUACCAAAGUCGAUGAAAUGGGGUUGCCUAUUCAAAGACGCCGCAAAAGGCGACAAUACGAAGAUGACGACGAUUUACUUUCUGACAUAGACAUAGAUCCAUUGGCAGAAGAAUUGACCCUUGAGUCGCUCAGCGACGUGAAGGCUGCGAGCUACACUGAAUGGAUCACUCAGCCAAACGUGGCACGUACUAUUGCCCGUGAAUUGAAAUCCUUUCUGCUGGAGUACACAGAUGAUUCUGGGAGAUCGGUAUAUGGUGCACGAAUUAGAACUCUUGGUGAAAUCAAUUCAGAGUCGUUGGAAGUCAAUUAUCGGCAUUUGGCUGAAUCCAAAGCUAUUCUGGCACUUUUUCUGGCCAAAUGUCCCGAAGAAAUGCUCAAAAUUUUUGAUGUAGUGGCGAUGGACGCUAUUCAAUUGCAUUAUCCGAAUUACGCAAGGAUUCAUGCCGAGGUUCACGUUCGAAUUUCUGAUUUUCCAACAGUUCUCAAUUUGCGCGACCUAAGAGAAGCCAAUCUUAACUCUUUGGUGCGCGUCAGCGGUGUUGUUACAAGAAGAACAGGUGUGUUUCCACAAUUAAAGUAUGUGAAGUUCAACUGCUUAAAAUGUGGUGCCGUUUUGGGUCCUUAUUUCCAAGACUCCAACGAGGAGAUCAGAAUCUCAUUUUGCACCAACUGCAGGUCGCGUGGGCCUUUCAGAACGAACGUUGAAAAGACUCUUUACAGAAACUACCAGCGUAUAACUUUACAAGAGGCACCUGGAACGGUACCGGCGGGAAGAUUACCAAGACAUCGCGAAGUCAUACUAUUAUGGGACCUUGUAGAUAUUGCUAAGCCGGGUGGGGAAGUCGAGGUCACCGGUGUCUACAAAAAUACCUAUGAUGGUAACCUCAAUGCGAGAAAUGGGUUUCCAGUCUUUGCCACUGUGAUUGAAGCAAAUUCUGUCAAAAGAAAAGAAGGUGGUCAAAGGUUUGGUGAUGAUGAGGAGGGAUUGGACGUCUUUGGCUGGACCGAAGAAGAAGAGCGAGAGUUUAGACGCAUUUCCAGAGACCGCGGGGUAGUGGACAAAAUUAUAUCAUCUAUGGCACCAUCUAUUUACGGACACAAAGAUAUAAAGACAGCUGUGGCCUGUUCAUUGUUCGCUGGUGUUCCAAAGAAUGUCAAUGGUAAGCACUCGAUCCGUGGUGACAUUAACGUACUACUCUUGGGAGAUCCUGGUACCGCCAAAUCGCAGAUUUUGAAGUACGUUGAAAAAACAGCACAUAGGGCCGUCUUUGCAACAGGACAAGGUGCUUCGGCAGUCGGUCUCACAGCAUCGGUGCGCAAAGAUCCCAUCACCAAAGAAUGGACACUGGAAGGUGGUGCUCUUGUGCUUGCAGACAAAGGUGUGUGUUUGAUAGAUGAAUUUGAUAAAAUGAACGACCAGGACAGAACUUCCAUUCACGAAGCUAUGGAACAACAAAAUAUCUCUAUCUCGAAAGCAGGUAUUGUAACUACACUGCAGGCACGGUGUGCAAUUAUUGCUGCCGCAAAUCCGAACGGAGGUCGUUAUAAUUCGUCUCUACCUCUAGCUCAGAAUGUCGAUUUGACUGAACCAAUUUUGUCGCGUUUCGACAUCUUGUGCGUGGUGAGAGAUCUAGUCGAUGAGGAAAAAGACGAGAUGUUGGCUCGAUUUGUGGUGGACUCGCAUGUCAGGUCUCAUCCUUUAGAUGAGAACCCCAACGACGAAGAAGAGGGAAGGAACUUGGACGUUGGCGAAGAAGUUGUUUCUGCAAGGCAAAAACGUUUACAGAGGGAAAGACAGCGAGAGGGAGAAAUUUCUCCCAUUCCACAAGAAACAUUGAUGAAAUACAUUCAGUAUGCAAGAACCAAGAUUUUCCCUAAGCUUCACCAGAUGGACAUGGAUAAGGUCAGCAGAGUAUACGCUGACCUAAGACGUGAAAGUAUAACAACAGGGUCUUUCCCCAUUACUGUCCGUCACUUAGAGUCCAUCCUUAGAAUCGCGGAAUCCUUUGCCAAGAUGAGACUCUCGGAGUUUGUUUCGUCGUGGGAUCUGGAUAGAGCGAUCAAGGUUACCGUAGACAGCUUUGUUGGUGCUCAGAAAAUCAGCGUUCGCAGACAGUUACAAAGGUCAUUUGCCAUUUAUACUCUUGGUCAAAAUUAA